GAACCAAGGCGAUAUGUGCGCCAGGCGUCGUACAAUCGGACCGCUGAAAAGCGAUGCCAAACGGGAGUAGCAAAGCGAAAACAAGAUGUGAUCAGGCGGCUCCCAGGCGAAGGAGCGGUGUCCCAGACGUCCGCUCGGCUUCAAGAUUGAACCAGGAGUCCGACAUUGCUUUACGAGCCCCUCUGUGCGGUGAUAGAGGGGAAACGCACACUAUUUAUUUAUUUGAAUACAAGAAGGUACAUUGGGUUUAUGAGAGUACAUAGCAUUGAUGUUUUUACAUUCUUGUAAAGCCAUUAAUACGCACAGCGUUUCGGGCACUAUAUUCAUAGCUUCUGCUUUCCCGUUAUAAUCCGAGGAGCUUAAGGAACUCAACUGCCUGUGACAACUUUGUACCCUGUAUAUGUAACCAACGUUGUAACCCAAUUUGUAGAAUAAAGUUUUGAAAAUAAAAUAAAUACAAGCACAACGGAGGUGGUAGAAGACAAAAGGAGCGUACUUGGGAGCCCGAUAAUUUAGCUAGGCCUUCGAGAAACCGCCGUCUUCCUGUCGAGCUCAUUAGGCUACUAUAGAGUCAGUGACUCUAUAGUAGAGAUAAAUUCAACAUUAAAGAUAAAUUCAACAUUAAAGAUAAAUUCAACAUUACAACAGGGUGCUAUUAUUUACAUUUUUUUUUUACAUUACAUUACUAUUACUACGGAAUAGUUCUAUUAGUCGAAAUAUACAGAGGACGGAUUAGUAGUGUACGAAAUCCAAGUGUACGAAAAAGCGGUCCCUUGUUUACAGUGGCACUUGUGUGUGGAGGGAGCCGCCUGUCCUCAGGCGGGGGUGAACAAUGUAGUUCAUACGGUAACCUACACUAACAACCCUUAUCUUCAACAACAACAACCAUUACCGCUGGUCUUCGCCGUCUCCUGGGGGGGAGGGGGAAGUGAAGGCGGCGGCUGAGGGUGCUAUAAUGGACUUUACCGAGGCCUAUGACGACACCAACACCUCGGUGGGCCUAGCUGCUCGUCUCGGGGACGCCAGGCUACUCAAGGAGCUGCUGCAAGCUGGUCGUCCCACUAAUGGCCAUGACAACCGAGGGUGGCGACCCCUGCAUGAGGCGGCCGCUGGUGGUCAUGUUGAUUGUGUUCGUUUAUUGCUUUUGGCAGAUGAUGUGGAUGUUGAUGCCCUAUCACAUGAUGGUACAAGUGCCCUUCGGUUAGCAUGUAAGCCACAGCCCUGCUACUGCGAAGUAGUGAAGUUGCUGCUUAGUGCGGGUGCUGAUGCCAACAUGAAAGGGGGAGAUAACUGGGCAUUGCCACUGCCCACAGCUGUUGCAAACGAGAAUUUGGUCACAGUUCGGUAUCUGCUGGAUGGAGGAGCUGACCCCAAUCGUGAAGACUACGACUCCGGUGUGCCACUUCAUGUUGCUGCUUCGAAGGGCUUAUUGGACAUUGUUGAGUUGCUUUUGGAGAAAGGUGCAGAUGUAAACAAGUUUGACGACUCUCAGCGGACAGCUUUACACGUGCUCACAUACAAUCAGAAUAAAGAUGUAAAUGCCCUAAAAGUUCUUGAGCUGCUUUUGGAAAAAGGCAGUAAUGUAAAUGCAAGAAUGCAGGACGGCACAACACCACUCAUGCUGGCUGUUCAGAGCAAUUGGAAGGAAGGGGUAAACAAGCUGCUAGAGCUUGGUGCUGAUGUAAAUAUAAUGAAAAAUGACGGUGUGUUGGCACUACAUUUUGCCAUUGAAUUUUGUGUGGAUUACAGUGAACAGCAGUUGUGCAGUUUUAGUGAAGAAGAGAGAGAGACCAGUGCUGACCGAGGGUGCAGCGAUCUUUUAGAAAAGCUCCUCGGGCUCACCUCCAUGGAGCUUCUUGUUCCCAAGUCAACAGAAACUCUCAAGUAUAGCCUCUACCACUUGGCUGUAGAGUGGAAUAGGUUCAACAGCUUGAGGACUCUGGUAGAGGCUGGAGUGCCACCGGACAGGUUCCUACAGGAGUGUAGCAAUGCUGCACUUGAUGAAGUUGAUGUCAAUCUCUUUCGUCAGGUACCUCUGGUGCUACAUUUGGGAACAAGAGUUGAUACCCCACUUGGUUUUCUCCUUUCCAAGCCAUUAACAAGAGAGAGAGUGGACACAGCAAAGUUUAUGAUCGACAGAGGGAGCUGUGUCAAUGCAGUGAACAGCGAGUGCCUCCCGCCCCUAGCGGCAGCUGUCAAGCAUCAGCGCAUCUCCUACAGUGAGGGUUGUCUGGGCUCGGAGAUCGUCCAGUAUUUACUAGAUCAUGGGGCAGAUGUUAUGUACAAAAUAAGGGAUACUGAUAUUAUUCCUGUAGCACUGCAUGUUUCAUCGCUCUUCAAUGUGGUUGCCUUCUUCAAACUCUUACAACAGGGUGUGCCAGCUAAUAAAAUCUACAAUUACAGUGCUCUCCAGAAGCUCAGCCAACAGUACUCCUCCUCUGAAUUUUAUAAAGUAUAUUCAAUGUUUCCUUGGCGUGUGAUAUCAUGGCUCCACACACUCAACUUGUUUGUCCCGCAGCUUGUGCUAGACACAAGCCUGCUAUUUGACCAAGGCCGAAUGGUUGAUGAUGAAAGCAUUACAAAAGCAUGGGACAACCUUGAUAAUACUAUCAGUUCCCCGAAGACUCUGCAACAACUGUCCGUGUUGGCAGUUCGACGUGCUGUAGGCGAGGCCAGAGGCUGGAAUGGGCUUCCUGCAUCUCUUGAUAAGCUGAAACUUAUGAAUUUACCACUUCCUCCCAUCAUUCUGAACCUUCUGCAGUUUACACAGAUAGAGUCUGAAACAUUGUACCAUUCUCCACCCAUUAGUGUUGUGCCCAGUUAUCUCAUGCCUGAAUCUCCUGAUGAAUUCCAUUUAACUGAAGAUGAGAGAGAUAACGAUGAUGAUGCUGAUGAAGAUGCAGAUAAUAACGAUGAUGAUGGCAACCAUCUGGAUUUUGAAGAGGGUAGUGAUAUAGAAGAAAUGGAAGCUGUUGUGGAGCAAGAAUGAAUUGAAUAGAAGCAUUCCCUGCAGAUUCCACUCAUAAACAGCUGGGCUAAUGUGUCAGAGGGAAAAUAGGAUCACAUUCAAGGGAGCUGAGGUUGGUGGAAAGUCUGGAGUACAGUCAAGUAUUGAUUAUCUGAAAUUGUGAUGAAUGUAGUCAGCUCUAAAACAUGUAUGUUUGUUCUGUAUGAAACUUUAAUGCGCAUUAUUAUGUUUUAUUGUCACCAUGUGCCUGUGCUGAGUAUAACGGGUAUGUUUUCUGUAGACAGGAUGCAUAAUGCUAGAGCUUCUCACGAGUAUUGCUCUCACAUUUAGAGAAGCUCUCACCUUUCCAAAAUUAAAAAUACCUUAUGGUU